UUGUUUUUUUUAGAAGAAGAAAGGGGAAGAGAUCCAAUUCAAAUCUCUCUCUCCUCUCUCCCGUGAGAAAGAGAAAGGCGCAGAUUUUUCCAGAUCUCAUCACAACCGAGAUUGAGAGAGAGAGAGAGAGAAGGAGAAGGAGAAGGGAAGAAAAAUGAUUACGAUCCCAUACCUGACGGCCGUAUCGACAUACUUCAGCUACGGCUUGCUCUUCGCGUUCGGGCAGCUUCGAGAUUACUCGCGCCUUAUCUUCGAUUGGUGCUCCACCAACAAUCUCCACGGAUACGCCCCCAUCUGCUUGGCUCACGAGGAUUUCUACAUCCGACGAUUGUAUCACCGUAUUCAGGAUUGUUUUAAUCGGCCCAUCUCAAGUGCUCCUGAUUCUUGGGUUGAUGUUAUCGAGAGGUACUCUAAUGACAACAACAAGACCCUCAAGCGAACAACAAAGAGCACAAGGUGCCUCAAUUUGGGCUCUUACAACUAUCUUGGGUUCGGUUCUUUCGAUGAGUAUUGCACUCCUCGCGUUAUUGAGUCCUUGAAGAAGUUUUCAGCUAGUACAUGCAGCUCUCGCGUUGACGCAGGUCAAGACAGAACAAUCUCUCUUCUCUGUUUUUGUAUUCUGACAUCCGUUUCGUUUCUGCCAUCAGGGACCACAUCUGUGCAUGCAGAACUUGAAGAAUGUGUUGCCAAGUAUGUGGGGAAACCUGCUGCUAUUGUCACUGGUAUGGGCUUCGCAACAAACUCCGCUAUCAUUCCUGUCUUGAUUGGAAAGGGAGGGUUGAUAAUAAGCGAUUCUUUGAACCAUACUUCAAUUGUAAACGGUGCUCGAGGUUCAGGAGCCACUAUCCGCGUUUUCCAACACAACACACCUGCUCAUUUGGAAAGAGUAUUGAAAGAACAAAUCGCUGAGGGACAACCUAGGACACACAGACCCUGGAAGAAAAUUAUUGUUGUUGUUGAGGGUAUUUACAGCAUGGAAGGGGAGAUUUGUCAACUGCCCGAGAUUGUCUCAGUUUGCAAGAAGUAUAAGGCUUAUGUUUACUUGGAUGAAGCUCACAGCAUUGGAGCAAUUGGAAAAACAGGCAGGGGUGUUUGCGAACUUCUCGGAGUUGACACAGCUGAUGUGGACAUUAUGAUGGGGACUUUUACCAAAUCUUUCGGAUCUUGUGGUGGCUAUAUUGCCGGAUCCAAGGAGCUCAUCCAAUAUUUGAAGUACCAUUGCCCGGCUCACCUUUACGCAACAUCAAUCUCAACUCCUUCAGCGCAACAAAUCAUAUCAGCCAUAAAAGUUAUCCUUGGAGAGGACGGUUCAAACAGAGGUGCGCAAAAGUUAGCAAGGAUAAGGGAGAACAGCAACUUUUUCAGGGCUGAGUUGCAGAAGAUGGGAUUUGAGGUCCUUGGAGACAAUGAUUCCCCAGUCAUGCCAAUAAUGCUUUACAAUCCAGCAAAAAUCCCAGCCUUCUCAAGGGAAUGCUUGCGAGAAAACGUCGCAGUUGUGGUUGUUGGUUUCCCAGCUACGCCUCUAUUGCUAGCCAGGGCUCGUAUUUGCAUAUCCGCAUCUCACUCAAGAGAAGAUCUUAUCAAAGCUCUAAAGGUUAUAAGCAAAGCAGGUGACCUUACCGGAAUCAAAUAUUUUCCGGCAGCACCAAAGAAGCAAGAAGAAGAGAAAGAUAGAAUCAAAUUGGAUUAAGACCGUAAUGCUAAGCAGUUUCCUUACCAAACGAGGGUUUGAUCAGUACUAAUUAGCAUUAGUUUACUGGUUUUUCUUGCGGUUCUGUCUUUUGCUGUGGCCCCUCUACUUGUCUUGAAACUUUGUGAUCGUUCUUCUUUUUUUUCAUUUUGUUUCUUUGGUUUCGUCCGAGUUAAUUGUAUAGCUUCCUUUAAGAUUGGUGCUCCAAAAUUACAGAUGCUAUUUGAUGACGUUUUAUGCUUC